GAAAGCUUCAGAAGCAGCAAGUGCAUGGUGUAAACUCCCGCUCAUCCGAGGUGACCAAAUCAAUGGAUCCUCUGCUUGCCUGCCUUGACUGCUUGAUCCUUGUUUAAUUUUAUCACGAGAAAACAUGGACAACCUUCAUGCACCCACAAUCCCCUCAGGGCCUACUUCGGCGCCCACUGCCAAUGGGCGGGCGGGGCAUUUGACCAUCACAGAGCUUCAGCGCAAGAAAGACAACCUUGAGGCCGAGCUCAAGGCAUUAGGCAGCGUUCUUGAAUCGCAUAAUGUUGAUAUGAACACGAACCUCUUGACCCCGGACGGUUUUCCCCGCGCUGAUAUCGAUGUUCCCCAAAUACGCACUACACGUGCACGCAUCAUUCAUCUGCGGAACGAUUAUAAGGACUUGAUGGCGACCAUUGAGAAACAACUCCAUGAGCACUUCGCAAGUCUGAAUGACGAGGAAGAGGAAGAUAUUAGUACCAAUCGACAGCAAGAGCAACAAGCAUCGCAGCUUAGAGAUUCAGUGCCAGAAACCCUGGCACUCCCGUUUGCAAAGGUGAACAGUGUUGUUGACAAUAGCCCAGCUGAUUCAGCAGGACUCAAGGCAGGUGAUCUUGUGCGCAACUUUGGCUAUGUCAAUCGUGAGAAUCAUGAUGGACUGAAAAAGGUUGCCGAGUGCGUCCAAGGGAAUGAAGGACAAACCAUUAUUGUCAAGGUGUUGAGGAGUGCCGGCUCGGGCCAACAUCAAGAACUCCAGCUAAGCCUAAGGCCUAGGAGGGAUUGGGGAGGAAGAGGGCUGCUGGGUUGCCAUAUAAUACCCAUCUAGAAGCUCGGUUUCACCAGGUGUUGGUUCAUCGCCACAGCAUCUGUGUAUUAAUCGAGUGCAGGUGAAGUCAGCUCCCAGGCGAGCAGCAAAUAUCAAGGCUCCCUUAACGUUGCGCACCUCACAUUAUCACAGCAUCUCGUCCUGAAUUGACAGCCUCUCGCCCGACUCUUUCCGGGAGACGGAGAAAGGCGUAUCAGCAUGGAGGAUAUACAGUGUCAGGAUGCACCAUCCGUACGUCUACCUUGUGCUUGGUGGGAGUCUUUAUAGUUCCGUUCUGGGAGUCAGGAGCUACUAGUCAAGUGCGAUCUGCAAUCUUGGGCCAUCCAUCCUGGAUCCUAAGCAUUGGUAAUAUGAUUGCUCGUGUUUUUCGGGUAUGGUUACUUGCGCAUGCCGACAAUGUAGAAAGAGGUUGGAAUGCCCAAGGGCCCAUGGCGGGUUAGCUGAAGCCGCUGUGAACAGACAUUCAAAAGCAACACCCGGUAACAAUUUCAGCCAGAGAUGGAAACGAAAUCGCGAUCAUGAAUGAUUUCGAACAAAUAUAUUUUGCUCGAGGAGUUGCAUCAGAGACCUGUAAUGAAAACAAAGCAACGAAAAUCCGA